AGAAAUCCGAACGACCAAAAAUUCCCUGACUUCAGUCUAGAACGGCUCAUGCUAGGACGACGCGGUACAGAAAAAAAUAAAGUAGUCUCAAGCUUUAGCAAAAGUCUGCUGCUUUACCGCUGGGUCUAGAGUUAUCCUGAGUCACGAAGGGUCAACGAACAGACAAUUUUGUCUCGUAUUCUGCGACACUUUAGCUCAGCACUGAAAGAGGGGACCACCAACAGGAGCCUUUCGUUGUGUUCUGAGCAGAAUCCCUCACGUGACGCCCCUGGAACAUGCCGCCAUCAAACAAAAGGAGUCGCGACGGAGCCAAGAGCGGCCCGUACACUGCUCAACAGCCAGCAGCAAAACGAGCCCGUCUUGGUCUACCUGUGGACCCGGCAAAUCUCCCUGAUGGACCGUGGAAAAGGAAAUUGACCAAGGUUAAGAAGGAACUCUUUCAUCAAAAAAAGGUAGAAAAACAAUACGCCAAGGUCAAAGCCCGGUACCAGCGACAAAAGGAAGAGCAGAAAAAGGUCGCCGCAGGCGACGAAAUCUACGUUCACCCGGACAGGCAGGUUCAUGCAGCAGCCACUGUAGGCGAGCAAGGUACAUCUAGCGAGGACGGCACCGUCCAAGCCACGGAAGAGCUUCCUGCAGCUGCAGCUGCAGCGACGUCGCCACCACCACCCGACGCGACGGCAGAGGACCCAGUCGUCCACAAGGGCAAACCUCGGGCGGCACCAACCGACAGCCGGCAGCGGCGUGGGAAGCCGGCCUACUUCCAAAAGGAGCUGGCCGAGGCUGAGGAGCACAAGAGGGCCGCUGCCGAGCGCGAGGCGCAGGCCAAGGCCCGCGAGGAAGAACGCGCCCGCAAGACGGCGGAGCGCGACCGGCUACGCAAGGCCAUGGCAAAGGCUAGGAAGCCAUCGGGGAUGCCUGGCCGACAUGGCGGCAGGGUGAAGCUGGGCCGCGAGAGUGGGAUUUUACUCGACAAGGUUAAGAAGAUGGUGGGUCAUAACAGGUGAAAAAGAAAGGGGAGAGAGAGCAGCAGGCGAACAUCGUGUGAUGAUAAGAAGUCCAUGCUCAUUUAUAGUAGAACUUACUGGGGUGUGGGGAUGGCCAUCCAAUUGCUUCGAUACCCCAUACUAACCAAAAGCUCAUGGUACCAAUACGUUUGACUUGAUGGAUAGUGUAAGUGCUUCCAACAGGCGGUGCACUACCCGCGGCAUAUUAUUCAUCCGGCGUCAAGAUGCCUGAUCAUGAUCUUUGAUAUCUGAUCCUUUGCUUGCCUUGACUUUUCUGAAUAAUCCCUUUAUUUGAACCAUGGCCAGGUGCUGGUCAUGAAAGAGGACUAGAGCUCUCCAAAACGCCGACCGGGUUGAUUUGUAUAUACAAACUGCUAGCCUGAACGACCUAACAAUGAAAUUCGGGUAUCUGUCCCCAUACUACCUGCAAUGGAGAAGCAAACGAAGGGGAGGCAUAAAUGUGAGACAAAGUAUGAAG